AUUAUGACAUAUGUCAGCCAGCAAGUUAAAAACUGGCAAGUUGGCUUUUGGUUGGUAGUGGGCAAAUCGUCGUUUUGUCGGGGAUAUUGUGUGUUUGCAACCAUGAAUUUCAACGCUCAAGCUGGUGCCGAUGGUCGCGCACAUCGAUCCGUAUCGAAGAAGCCAAAACGAGUCAGUGAUGUGAAUGCUAUUGGUUCCACCAUCCCGUACCAACAGAUGACAUCACAAAUCCCGACAAAUCAGUACAUGACCAAUGAUCCCAACAAUUUGUACGGACAGCCGCAAUAUGCACCGCAACCGCAGCAACAAUUCCCGAUGGAUCAGCAGCAGCCAAAUUACUACAUCCCUCAGCCACAACCACAACCGAACAGUUUACCCCGGCAACCUGGGCAGCCAGCUCCGGGCCCGGGCAUGGCCGGUGGCCAAUUUGCAAUGUUUCAGCAACCCAUCGUGCAAGAUAUGGCCAUGCAAUAUGGUCAGAAACUGGCCGAUCAGGGAAAGGAGAUUGUCCACAGCCAUAUCGAGAAGUACUUGCCGAUGUCCAAGCUGAAGUAUUAUUUCUCGGUGGACAAUAGCUACGUCGUGAAUAAGCUAAAAAUCAUUUUCUUCCCAUUCAUGCAAAAGGACUGGGGAAUGAAGUACGAUCAUGAUAAUCCGGUACAACCACGGUACGAUAUCAAUGCGCCGGAUCUUUAUAUUCCGUCAAUGAGCUACAUAACAUACGUGGUCUUAGCGGGUAUUGCAUUGGGUAUGCAAAAUCGAUUUUCCUCGGAACAGUUGGGCAUCCAGGCGUCGAGCGCUUUGGCAUACAGCAUUUUUGAAAUCGUUAUCUACACCCUGACGCUGUACAUAGGAAACAUAUCAACGUCACUGAGCACGUUGGAUUUGCUUGCGCUGACCGGUUACAAAUAUGCAGCGAUCGUCGUGACCGUCGCCGGUACCAUACUGUUGAAACGGAUGGGUUACUAUCUGGCACUGCUGUAUUCCUCCGCCAUGUUGGCACUGUUUCUGCUGCGAACGAUGAAGGCGAAGGUAUUGUCCGGACAAGAUCAAACGCAAAGCAACGUCGGAUACGAUCCGUACGGUGGACAGCAGCACACUGAUCAUAACGUAGGACGCAAACGUAAGCUCUAUUUUCUGUUUCUCGUAACCGGACUACAGCCACUGCUGGCGUUCUGGCUUACGGUGCAUUUGAUAGUAAACGAUACGGUGGUAUAGAGUGCGUAAAAGCGAUUAAGAGAUACAACUCUGUACACACGUCUCUCACGAUGAAACAGCCCUGUUUACUGUGGAACAUUUAAUGGAAAUAAAUGCGUAAGUCAAUUUAGUUUUCUAUGCUCAUCGUA